GCUGCGGCCGCGGACAUGCUGCCCGCCGGCUGCUCCCGCCGCCUGGUGGCCGAGCUGCAGGGCGCCCUGGACGCUUGCGCAGAGAGACAGAAGCAGCUGGAGCGGAGCCUCGGAGUCUGCCGGCGGCUGCUGCAGGCCUGGGAACCAGCGAGGACCUGGGCUCCAGAUCCACCUCCGGGGCCAGAAACUACCGAAGAGGACCCGCCCCCAGCGCGCACCCCCAGCCCCCAGGACCUCAAGGAGCUGGAGCUCUUGACGCAGGCGCUGGAGAAGGCUGCACGCGUGCGGAGAAGCGUCUGCAGGGCCGGAGGAAGAGGCGAGGCCGGCGGCCUGACGCCCGGCCCUGCUGCCGCCUCUGCUGGCACCGCGGUGCCAGGGCCCGGCCGAGGUGGCCCAGGGCCCGCCAAGGGCAUCCGCCAGGCCAGGACGCCUGCCACGGACCACCCGGAGCUCAGACCUCUGCCAGGCAGGGAUAGGGCCGGUGUGGGGACAAGAGCCCGGGCCGCCGAGCCUGGACGCAGCCUCAGAGACCAGCGAGUGGCCCCAUCGACGGCCCCUCAGGCCCCGGGAGCCUUCACGCUGAAGGAGCAGGGGAGGCUGCUGCGGCUGCCCGCGGCCCUCAGGAAGGCGGCGUCGCAGAACCAGCGCCUGUGGGCCCAGCUCGAGUCUGCACAGACCAGGGACCCCACAGAUGCCGCCGCCGCUGCCAGAGCCCGGUUCCUGCAGAAAAUGCAGCCGGCCGUAUCCUUGCUGGGCUCUCCGGGGUGGGGGGGGGGGGACGCUGGCCGCAGAGGAAGUUCCCUGACCCGCGUGCAGUCCGGCUGGCCCAGCCCCAGGCCCAGUGGCGCCGAGCUGGAGGCGGAGGGCCAGCGCCUGCGGAGGGCCUGCGUGCUGAUGAGCCUACACAUGCGGGAGGCGCUCUCAGCAGCUCGCUCUGACUGGACGCAGGAGUACCACUGCCUGCUCACCCUGGAGGGACUGCAGGCCAUGGUGGGGCGCUGUCUGCAGGAGCUGCAGGAGCUGCAGGCAGACAGAGUGACAGAGGAUCAGAGACAUGUUCCGUUCACUGGUUCACUCUCCAAAAGCCCGCAACACCCAAGACUGGGCCAGGCUGGAGCUGGGAGCCAGGAACUCCAGCCGGGUCUCCCACUGGCGGAACAGCCUCCAGGGCCGUGUCUCGCGGGAUGGCGCCCCCAGCCCUCGUCACCCUGUGGGGGCAGAGCAGGCCCCACCUGGAGCCCCCGGCUGCUUUGCUACUCCAGCACCCAGGAGCUGCAGACCCUGGCCGCCCUCAGGCUGCGGGUGGCCAUGCUGCACCAGCAGAUCCACUUGCAAAAGGUCCUGAUGGCAGAGCUGCUGCCCGUGCUGAGCGCCCAGGAAGCACGCGGGCCGCCCUGCCUGGCUCUGUGCCGCGCGGUGCACAGCCUGCUCUGUGAGGGCGGCGAGCACUUCUUCAGCAUCCUACGGGACGACCUGGCUGACUGAGGCCUGCGCCCGGCGCCCAGAGCUGCUGGGAGCCCGGCGGGCGGUGCUCCACGGGUGGGCUAGUGAGCGGGGGCCCUCCUCACAAACCCAUGGUCAGGGCUCCUCGCCGGGGCCUUGGGAGCCUUUCCGGGCCACCUGGGUUUGCUCCCACUGGAGACCUGAGAGCUGCCUGUGUGACAUUAAAACCACUGCAGAGA